UAAUUAAUCUCUACGCUUCUCUCUCUGCAAUUACUCCUUGAGAGUCUCUCUCUCUAAAGUAUUGAGUAUUGCUGACUUGAGCGUUGGAGUGUUUUCCCCGAGGAAACAAUCUCGGGAUUUUCAGGUGUAGAAGCAGCUGAGGACUUCAACAGUGUUGGACUGCGAAGCUGCCGAAACAUUGGCGCCGUCUGUGGGAACUCGAACAAGAAAUCGUGUGACUUAACCCGCUGAGAGACAAAAUGGUUCGUACCUUUACAGGAGAUCGCCCUCCAAGAAAUGAAGUGGACGAACAGGAGGACAUACAAGUAUCUGAGCAUGGGUUGAAUGACUUUAGGCCAAUUCCUAGAAAUCUUUUUGUAGGGGGAGCCGAACAGGAUCACCUGAGUGAGACAGAUGAUGAAAGAACACCAACUGGGUAUGCAACCCAGCCUGAACAGAUCCAAGUUCCAACAGGGACAAGACGAAGACCUUCUAGACCGCACAAUUCGCAGCGUGAACGACCUGAAAGGUCAACAGAACCUGCUCGGACAACCGAGCUCGAGGAGAGAACUAGAGUUCUCGAAAUGGCAAUGGGUAAAAUCCUUGCCCGCCUAAUCCCAGAUGACCCCCUGAUUCCUUUGUUGAACAGGGAUGCACAACCAGCUGCGGUUGUGGCAACUAGAAACUCCCCCGCUCUAAGCAAUAUAGUAGUGCCGACCAGGCCUAGGGGAAGUGGGAAAUUGAAUAUCGAGCCCAGCUCGUCCAAAUAUAGUGAAGAAUUGAUGAGAAAGAACGCAGACCUCGAAAGGCAACUGUGGGAUGGAUUCAAAAUUCCCCACCUAGAGACAUAUGAUGGCACGAAAGACCUGGAUGAACAUCUACACACCUAUCAAGCCAUCAUGGGGAUUCAAAACGCCAAUGAUGCCAUGAUGUGCAAAGUAUUCCCGGCGACACUGAAAUCAACAGCUAGAAGAUGGUAUCACAAACUCCCCAGACAUUCAAUAGAUUCAUUUUCCCAGCUCGCCAAGCUGUUCUCGAACAAAUUUGUGAGCCAAAGGGAGAUCAAGCGCACAGCAACCGAGCUGAUGCAAGUUAACCAGAAGGAAGGGGAGUCCUUGAGGGACUACAUGCAGCGGUUCAACAAAGCCACGUUAGACAUUGAUAAUGUCCCAGACACGAUCUCUCUGUCCGCCCUGUUGCAUGGGUUGAAGCGUGGCCGGUUCCUAGACGACCUGCUUGAAAACCCACCGAAGACGUGGAACGAGGUGAAUGACAGGUCGGCCAGCUUUAUACUGUCAGAGGACUUUCAGUCGUCCAAGCGACGAGCUGAUGAUAAGCCGAGCAGAGGCCAAGAACAACAACCGAGAAGAGAAGAAAAGAAGAAGCAGAAGGUCUAUGAGCAAUGGGGGAAACUAGCUGAGUUCCCAAAGUAUGCCAGUUACAUUCCUUUGACCUUACCCAAGUCUCAAAUCCUGGCACAAAUUCAGCACUGGGUUCGGAGACCUCCACCCCCAUUACAUGAUUCCCCGAGGGCAGAUAAGAGCAAGCAUUGUGACUACCACCGUGUAUAUGGUCACAAUACCGAGGAUUGCCAACACUUGAAGGACGAGUUAGAGUUUUUGGCUCGUAACGGGAAGCUAGAAGGGUAUGUUCAGAAGCCUCACACCCAGCAACCCACUCAAACCCAUUUUGUGCAGGCGUAUGACCGACCUCAAGGACAGAGGUUCCAGCAUGGAGGGACGCAGGAUGCAUAUCAGGAUAACCAGUAUCCUUCUGAACAGAGCAGAGCGUACCGAGGACGUCCUUUCAACAGGAGAGGGCAGGGACCGAGGACUACUGCCCCGAAUCAAAAAGACAGAAAAGGGGUAUGUUAUGCUGGGAUACCCCCACCUUCUGGUACAAUAAACAUGAUAUCGGGUGGUGUUCACUCUGGGGGCCAAAGUGCCCGAGCUCGCAAAGCAUAUGCCCGACAGGUGAUGACCGUCAACAAAAACAGACCCUUGAAACGGCCGUUUGAGGAAGCAGAAUGGGAAAAUAUGCCCAUCACAUUUAGCCCGGCGGAUUACAAGCGAGCAGAAGGAGAGUCUGACAUUAUGAUGCCCCAUGCAGAUUCCUUUGUGACAACAGUUCAUAUAGGCAAUCAUAAUGUCAAUAAGGUGUUUAUUGACACUGGCAGUUCGCCAGAUAUCCUGUAUUGGGGUUGCUUCCAGAAGAUGCAGCUAAAUCCGAGCUCGCUGCAGAAGCAUGAAGGGCCAAUUUACGGAUUUGAUAAUCAGCCCGUCCCUGUGGAGGGAGUUAUUACUCUUCCUAUAUAUGUAGGCUCAGAACCGCGCUUCAGGAUGGCUUCGGUCACCUUCCUGGUCGUUAAGAUGGAAUCAGCUUUCAAUGCUAUAUUAGGAAGAGCCACCCUGUGCGAGCUGAAGGUUGUUAUCUCACAGCCCCACCUCUGUAUGAAGUUCCCAACUCCGCAGGGGGUGGGAGUGCUGAAGGGGAACCAGAAGAUGGCCAGGGCAUGUUAUCAGGAUACGUUUAGGAAGGUUGAGCUCGCUGUAGCCCUUGGAGGAUCUGAAAGUAGUAGGCCGACUCAGCCCGGCCAGCAGACAAUGAGCAUAUCGGACAUUGAGCAUAGACCUGAGGGUGUCGAGCAGAAAGUAGAGCCGGUAGAGCCAGUGGAAACUGUUCCUUUAAACCCUGAUGUGCCGGAAAGAACGGUAAAGAUAGGCACCAAACUCACAGAAAAAGAACGAGCAGAGCUUCUGGAGUUCUUGAGGGUCAAUCAAGAUGUGUUCGCGUGGACUACUGAUGAAAUGCCUGGCAUCCUGGCAGAGUUAACAGUCCACAAACUCAGCACAGAUCCUACCAGAAGGUCGGUGGUGCAGAAACGUCGCCUUUUUGGCCCAGAGAAACAAGCUGCCAUAGACGAGGAGAUACAAAAGCUGUUACAGGCAGGCUUCAUUGGAAGAGUGGAGUACUCUGAGUGGGUGUCCAACCCUGUGCUCGUCAAAAAGCCAAAUGGCAAGUGGAGGAUGUGUAUUGACUUCACCAACCUCAAUGAUGCGUGUCCAAAAGACCCUCAUCCUCUGCCAAACGUCGAGAAGUUAGUUGAGCGAGCAGCUGGGCAUGAACGGAUGAGUUUUCUUGACACCAGCUCGGGCUAUCACCAGGUUCAGUUGCUGUUGGACGACCAGGAGAAAACAGCUUUCUACGCAGGGGACGCUAUCUAUUGCUAUGUGAUGAUGCCAUUUGGCUUGAAAAAUGCUGGCGCUAUAUAUCAGAAGCUAGUACAAAUCGUCUUCAAGCUCCAGAUUGGCAGAAACAUAGAAGUGUAUGUGGAUGACAUGAUAGUCACCAGCGUGCGAGCUGAGGACCAUAUAGACGACCUGAGUGAAACCUUUCAGAAUUUGCGCCGAGCUCAAAUGAAGCUGAACCCUCUGAAGUGCACGUUCGCUGUAGAAUCAGGAAAAUUCCUAGGAUACGUGGUAUCCCAGAAAGGAAUAGAAGUAAAUCCAGAGAAGGUUGAGGCCGUUCAGCAAAUGGAGCCGCCAAGGACUGUCAAAGACGUGCAGCGUUUGACGGGCCGUAUUGCUGCGCUGCACAGGUUUGUAGCCAGGUCGGCAGAAAGAUGCCUUCCGUUCUUCAGGGCCCUGCGAGAGCCCAAAAGUUUUCAAUGGUCCGAUACGUGUCAGCAGGCCUUUGACGAGCUCAAACGAUACUUGGCGUCAGCACCCCUGCUGUCCAAGCCUAUGGAAGGGGAGAGUUUGUAUCUGUAUUUAGGGGUUACAGCAGAGGCGAUUAGCUCGGUCCUACUCAGGGAAGAGAAUAAGAACCAGAAGCUUAUCUGUUAUGUAAGCAAAGUCUUACAGGGUGCCGAGCAGAAUUACCCAAUAGCGGAAAAGGCUGCUUUUGCCCUGGUUUACACAGCUCGUAAGUUGAGAGCCUACUUUCAAUCACACCAGAUUAUUGUCUAUACCGAUUUGCCGUUGAGGAGGAUAUUGCAAAAACCGGAGCUCUCUGGUCGGCUCAUCGGAUGGAGUGUCGAACUGAGUGAGUAUGACCUUAAAUUUCAGCCGCGCACGACUAUAAAAGGCCAAGCUGUGGCAGACUUCCUAGUUGAAUGUGCCCCGGCGGCUGUUAAAGAAAAGGUAUCUGAAUACCCAGUUUGGGUUUUGUAUGUAGAUGGAGCUGCUAAUGUCGAAGGAUCAGGUGCUGGAGCUGUGUUACUGGGCCCUGAUGGCUUCAAGUCUGAGCACGCACUAAGGUUUAAGUUUCAGACGACCAAUAAUGCUGCAGAAUAUGAAGCCCUCAUAUAUGGAUUGAAGCUGGCGGCCGAGCUGAAGGUACAAAACAUUCAGGUCUUCAGCGACUCUCAGCUCGUCGUCCGCCAGAUCGACAAAAUACCGUGGGCAGAUAACCACCGAGCUGAUGAGCUGUCAAAUACAAAUCCCUCCACACCGAGCUGGACUACACCACUCAUAAAUUAUCUGCAAAGUGGCGAGUUGCCUGAAGAUCUGUCCGCUGCGAAAUCGAUUAAACGAAGGGCAGCACAUUUCACUUUGUUAGAUAACCACCUCUACAAACGUGCAACCUCAAUGCCCCUCUUACGCUGCCUUACUCCUUAUGAAGCCGAAUAUGCCGUGAGAGAAGUUCACGAGGGAGUUUGUGGCACGCACAUCGGUGGCAGAACCUUAGCCCGGAAGCUCAUAAGGCAUGGUUAUUACUGGCCCACUAUGGUUGAGGACGCACAGAAUUAUGUCAAAAAGUACCCGACCUGCCAGUUCAAUGCUGAUGAUAUUCACAUGCCAGGGGAAAUGCUGUCAUCUCUUACGUCUCCCUGGCCCUUUGCUCAAUGGGGUGUCGACCUGCUCGGCCCCUUCAUCAAAGGCAAAGGAGGCUGCACUUUCCUGGUCGUCGCAGUAGAUUACUUCACUAAGUGGAUAGAAGCUAAACCAUUAUCCACCGCAACAGAAAGAAAAAUAGAAGAAUUCUUGUUCAACUCAAUAUUGUGCAGGUUAGGCAUACCUAAGCGGUUUAUCGCCGACAAUGGGCCGCAGUUCCGAGCAGCGGCGUUGAGAUCGUUUUGCAACGAUUAUGGCAUUGAGCUCGCCUUGACAUCUGUGUACACUCCACAGUCCAAUGGGCAAGCCGAGUCCGCCAAUAAAAUCGUCUUGCGAGGCCUCAAGGCACGAGUGUUGGCUACACAUUCUAAUUGGGUUGACGAGCUCAAUAAAGUGCUUUGGUCUUGUCGUACCACACCCAGCUCGGCCACAGGCGAAACCCCUUUCAGCCUGGCCUAUGGAGCUGAGGCCGUCAUCCCAGUGGAAGUGGGAUUGCCAUCCGAUAGAUCAGAUCGCCAUGACGAUCAGAGUAAUGAACAGCUCUUAAGGGAGAACCUGGACUUUGUGGAAGAAAUCAGGGAGAUAUCACGAAUAAGAAACAUGGCACAUCAAAAUCGCGUUGCAAAAUUUUACAAUAAAAGGGUUCGAGCUCGCCAGUUUCAAGUUGGUGACCUGGUUCUGCGCAAAGCUGGAUUGACAAACACUUACUCGCACUUGGGCAAGCUCGCUCCUAAUUGGGAAGGCCCCUAUGUGGUUGUUCAAAUUAAGCGACCUGGGUCUUACGUGUUAGCAAAUAUACAAGGACGUCAGUUACCUUAUAUUUGGAACAUACAUAAUCUUAGAAAGUUUUACAGUUAGCAUAUAUGUCAUUAGUGUUCAAGUCGUUACUGAUCAGUUGUAAACAACGAUAUACCAAAAAAACAACGCAAAUUCGAAGAAAAGUUCAUUUUGUAUUUCAUCAAAGACAUUUACAUUGAAGGUACAUGCUAUGAAUUCAUUGAUCAAAUACAAAAUGCAAAAG